CCUACAUAUUUGCAUUGGAGACCUUGAGGCCCUGAACAACAAACAAAUUAUGAUGUUUGCUUAUGGUUUUUAUUCUCUCUCUUCUGUGUGUCGUGCCAUUGCAGGCACCUGUCUUCGAUGUAGACAGCUUGUCCUUGUUUCCAUUUUUAUUUCAGGUGGGGGGGCGAUCGACAAGAACUUCAUUUUCCAUAGAAUGAGGGAAACAAGGAAACUAACAAAAAUGGAGAUGAUACCAAUGAUUGAUGACUUGACAGGUGGUAAACUACACCUAGGGCAACCAGGACUAUAUGUAAUGCUGAUGCUUUUUCUUUAUCAAUGUUCAGGUAUCAAGCUGCUUGUUUCUGCGUCUUAUUUACCAUUGAAAUAGUUAGCUUGAGGACUUGAGCUAGUUAAUUAUGGCUGCGAGAAUCAAAAGCAUAGCUAUUAUAGUGGCGGCACUUGGUGUCAAAGCCUUUGUAUUUGGAAUUCUGGCUGAAAUAAAAAAGCCCGCUUCUGGAGAGGCUAGCAUGUCACAUGGAGUUGUUACCUGCAAAUAUCCAUCAGACCCAGCAGUCUUUUUUGGCUUCUUAUCGAUCGCAGCACUCAUUGCUUGCACGUUAGUUGGGAUCUGUUCUAUAUUUUAUCCUUACAAGGGCAAAUCUGUUCCUUACAAGGGUUUGUUUCACAGCACUCGCAUGGUUGUGUUCUUCCAAAUUGCCCUGUCGGUGUCCAUGUUGGCUGGAGGGAUGCUGCUGUGGGCAACAACCACUGAGCUCAUUCACUUGACAAAAAAUGUGCACCGUCAUAACGUGGACAGUACUUAUUGUCCCACAGCCAAGACUGGUCUCUUUGGUGGUGCUGCCUUCUUGGCUUUAGAUGCUUCCCUCUUCUGGCUGGUUUGCCUAAUGCUCACAAGCAACGCUAGAGAGGACUACUUUGAUGAAGCAGGAGAGGAACAGAAAGGUGAAUAUGGUCAAGUUCUAAUUACAGACUAUGAGACCGCAGGAGAGAGACCACAGGAGGAGGCAAAGCUUGAAAUAUCAAGUGGACUCGGUGAGAGGAUCAAACAUUAUUGAAGAAAAUAAGAAAAUACCUGCUGAAUGUUAUUUACAAUAUGAACAUGAAAGACUUUGGUGUGGAUGUGUUCUUUUCUCUCUGUUCAUUCCUGUUGUUAUUUUCUCUGUUGAAUUGAUAUGCUCAUUAUAAUAUAGCAACCAAGCAAGCAUCAUU